AACUAUUGGUUAAAAUAUUUUUUAUAAUGAAUAAAGACGAAAAUUCUUUUCCUGCUGAAAAAAAGCAAGAUCACCGAACGAUUGCUAAAGAAUUAGAUUUAUAUAUCCUAGACGAGAAGGCCGGACAAGGCUUGCCAAUUUUGUUACCUAAUUGA